GAUGCACGAGGAUCAGAGGAAGAUGGAAGACAGUUGUGUUUCUAUGUACAAACAUGGAUGUGUAUGUGAAGUUAAACAAGACCACUGCUGAUUUGUGUGACGUAUGCUAAUUAAAACUGAUCAGGACUUUAUCUAUGAGCCCGAAGAUGUCAGAAGUGUGCGUGUGCAUCAGCGACACAGGAGCCAGCGCUGGCUGACAAUGGACCUCUGGCUCUGGAAAGAAACCCUUUGAAAUAUGAAUGAGGAAAUCCACACCUGUUUCCAGGUAACAGAGGCAGAACCGUGACGCCGCACGUCUGUGUGUGCGCGAGCGCCGAGGCUUCACCUGUUCAGAGGCUCCGCGCCGACGGAAGCAGCCGUCAGCCAGGCAGACGCACCCUGAGCAGCACGGACGCUAGGAUGCAGCCGGGGCCUCGGCGCUGAACUCCAGCGACGCUGACGCAUGGAAGCCGGUGGGAGUCGGCCCAAGUGAGACGAGCCGUGAGAAGCUGGAGGCCCGGCGCCGGGUGGAGCACAGCGGCACCGAGAGCGCUUCACGGGUCCGUUCCUGCAGCCAUGAAUCCUGUGUGGAAGGUUUACAAGAGCAAGGUGCUGAAGACCAUUAACCCAGAGUAUGAGGAGGAAAUCGCUGACGAGGUCGUAGAUGUGGAGAAUGAAGUGUGUCCGGUGCACGAGGAGGAGGCGAGCAGCUCCGUGACCCAACUGGCCAAAAAAAUGCAAGGAGCCGGUGCUAAAAGCUGGAACCGCCUAUCGUCUCUCUUCAACAAAGACGAUGAACAUCAGCUUCUAGAGGAGACGGAGAGUCCACCAGUCGCUGACCAUCCUCUCGCCGUGAAGCCGGAGGAGCCUCCGCGACCCGCCAGGCGCUCGGGAUUCUGGGACAGCUUCGCGACCAACUGGGCGGCCAAGAAGCAGGCGGAAGCGGCCGCCUCGGCCGGGGCCGAGGCUGAAGCCGAGGCGGCGGCGGCGGCGGCGGCGCAGGGAGAGCCGCGAGGGACCGAGGCCGCGGGGGAACCGGCCUGUGACGGUCAGGUCACGGAGGGGGAGCAGGCGGAAGGAGGCGGCGGAAGGAGCAGCAACAGCUUCUCCAAGUACGUGUCGCUGGGCGGAGGCGGCGAGGACAAGUGGAACUUUGUGACCAGCAAGCUGGCGGAUCUGAAGAGCAAGGGCGUGAUGAAGACCAAUUAGCUGCCGAUGAGGGGACGCGGAGGAAACCAACCACGUGUCCGCCGGGGGUCGGGGGAGAGAGGGGGGAGUGUGAAGCAAGUUUAUUUUCAACAGAACGUCCUGCAGCUACAUUUUUGCUGCAGCCAGAGCUCCGGCACCAAAGCAGCAUCACCUAAAAAAGGCAUUUUACAAACACAACUGGAGAAGUUUAAGAUUUCUAAACCCCUACAUUCCCAAAUAUUCAGGACAUAAAUAGAAAACGCCCCAGAGAGCAGCGAUGGGUUAGAUGAUAAAGGAGAGGACAUUCAGAGGCUCAGUGAACCAAACCACUGAGCAGACUUGAAUAGAGCUAACUUCCCUCAGACGUGAGGGCCGAGUCCUGUCCAGGUCUCUGUCCAGCGGCUGCGAGAGGCCUUUUAUUCACUAGCGGCCGGUCGUAUCUGUUGUGUGUGUAUAUCGACUUACCCCAAGUGCUUGUUAAACGCGAGGAUCGAGUUUGCUGACAGUGGAAAUGCCACCUGAGCAGCUCCACCUAAUCUGCUGCGCAGGAGAAACUGGAUUAGGAGAUUAGAGAGGGCGAUAUGUGCGUGUGUUGAGGAUUAUCCUCCUUAACACUUAGGGAGGUUUAACAGCGCACGACGUUCUGUCACCAUUCACUCAAUACAUUGGUCUCAUUCCUUCAGGGGGGGAAAUCGUGCUGCAUAGGUUUGUGUAAAAUGUGAACGUGUGUGUGUGGUGAGAUGAUGUCAGGUGCAUUGACCUUUGACCUUAUACCUCUGGAAUGAAACAAUAACACCCUAUUGUCAGCUUGCAUUCGUUCUAGACCUUUUACAUGUGCUUUAUUUGGCUUUAAUUGUUGCUGUAGGUUUUAUUCUGCUGGUUUGAUUUCUGGUGUCAUGCAAUAAAGACUAACGCACUAAAUGAAUGAGCGUGUGUACAGACGAACGUCAGCAUCGACAUGCUCCAGAGUGACACAGAGAGGAUCCCAGACACGUGGGGUUCACGCUUGUGUCAUAGAGUUUGGUUUCUCUGUGCUUGAUUUUGUUAUUACUUCCACCACAUGAACCGACAGUGAAGAACCAGCAGGGGGCUCCCUUUGACUUCUACCUUACCUACUGGUUUCACUGGUCGCCUCCCUCCUCACAUAUUUAGUAGCAGGAUAAGACCUUAGGUCAUAUUUCCAACCAAUAAAACCAAAACCUCCUUCUUAUAAAUUUCCCCCUGAUUUCCGUUUUCCCCUGAUUGACACCCAUUUUCCGCCCGUUGGCGUUCCCAUUUAAACUUCCCAUGCCGCCUUCUAACAGGCAGCUCACGUGAAGCCUGUUCUAUAUUUUAGCCUGAGCAGCCAUUAUUUCCAUGUGCUUCCGAUGUUGUUUCAAGUUGUCAGUGAAUCUCAGCUCUUUCUUUCCAGAUUCCACAGCUGUCAACCUCAGUUUGGCUCAGACCAGAUCCUUGUUCAGCUUUUCUGACAUGUUCACCCAGUUUCUGUGUCACGGAGCUUUUCCCGUAGGGAUAUUUUGGGAACUGAUGAACUGCUGGUGAGCAGCUCCAAGGUCCAUGUUGUAGUUUUGUGGUUCCAGGAAGCAGUGACUUGUGGAACCGGGUUCAUAGACCCAGUGAUGGUUGGAGGAGGUGGAUGGACAAAGAGACAAAUGAGCUUUGUUUGGUUUAACAUUAAAAAUGGAAUCCAAUUAAAACUAAUUAAAAUAUUUUCCUCUACUAUUAA